GGCGGCGGCGGUGUGCAGGAUCAGGCCGCCAACCAGCUGCCAGGCAAGAGGUGGAAGUGCCAGGCUUGCGGUUGCGCCAAGAACGCCGCUCGGUUCUAUUAUUGCAAACACUGUGGAGCCUAUAAGCAAGACCCAACUUCGGCAUGGUCUGGAGAUGCAGCGCGUCAGUUGUUCGGCUACGGGCAGCUCAACGGUGGCGCUACGUGGGGCAAGGCAAAGUUCACCGCCGCGGAGUACGAGACCAUG